AUGCUGUGGAAUCCCGCGACGCGCUGGCUCGCCAAGAAUCUGAACUGGGUGACGACGCAGGUUCCCCCACCACCGCGAAGCCCCGACGACGUCGAGAAGCGGAAGAUCUUGCUUGUGCAUGCGCAUCCACGCACCGACUCAUACUCGCAUGCCCUCGCUGAUGCGGUGGAGGCUGGUGCCAAAGAGGGCGGUCACACCAUCCGACGUCGCGACCUGUACAAAGAGAGAUUCAGCCCGGUGAUGACAGCCGCCGAGCGCGGCGCCUACCUGCGCGACUUUGACAUGGUACCUAAGCGGCUUGCUAGCGACGUCCGCUCGCAUCUUGAUGACCUCCGUUGGGCAGACUCGGUGGUAUUUGUUUAUCCGACAUGGUGGUUCAACGUUCCCGCUAUGCUCAAGGGCUAUAUUGACCGGGUGAUGGUACCCGCCACUCCCGGAAGCGGACAGGGUGCCUGGGCCUUUCCGGACUCAAACAUCCAGGGCAAGGCAUCGAUUGGCAGCGGCGGGCUUGUGGGCCACCUCACAAACGUUAAGCGCGUUGCAGGCAUCUCGACAUACGGCUCGGAGAGGUACAUGGGGCUGCUCGCCGGCGACAACGGGCGCAACAUGAUUGGCACGGGGGUCCGUGCCCUUUUCGACCCCAGCUGCACGGUGCUAUGGAUGGGGCUUUACUCGCUUGACUUUUGCUCAGACGAGCAGCGCGCGGAUUUCAUCGACAAAGUAAGGGAGACCAUCCGCGACGACUUCUGA